GCUGAUGUGAAAUCCACAGCAAGCAAAUACCAACCGAGGAGCGGAGACGAAAAGGAAUACCUUUAAUUUCUUUUUUUUUCUUACAACCUUUUGACACAGACCACUUUGGAUCAUUUGUUGAAAAAAGCCAUCAAAAGGGGGGCCGAAAGAAAACAGUCAUCUGCAUAAUUUGUUUUCCAUUUUCCCCCCCUUUAUUUUUUUAUUUUAUUUUUUUUCACCUUUUUCCCUGGGAGAGCACGGACUUCUAAGUGGCAUCAUUAUGUUGAACAAUAUGGAUUUGAAUGCGAAAGAUUCUUUUUACCCGCAGUUUGAGAAUUGCAACAGUUCUUCCCUGGGAAUGGAAAACAGCGUGCGGAAGGAUAACCAGGAGGUGUACGUCGAUGCAGAGCGGGGGGUACCUGCCCAGUUCGGCCACGAAGGAACCCCUGCAACCCUCAAAACCGAAGCCUCCAACUCGGAAUUUGCUUUUAACCCAUGCGAGUGCCCAAAAGACACCUACACCCCCUCCUCGCUCGCCUACUCGGGCAGUUUCUAUGUUGAGGCAUCUCAGGGAGCGCCGUGCAGCACCGAAACACUCCUCAAUAUGAUCACCGAGAUCGUGGGCAUCUCCACUCUGCCACUUUCAGAAGUGCAACAGAGCGGCGGCAGCAGUCGGGGAACUUAUCCCUCGCCUGCGCCGAUGGACAGCAGCAGCGGCAAUUUUGGCGACCCCGGCGUCAAGAGGCAACCCUACACCUGCUCCGGACCCUCUCCCCCCGUGUACUCCCCAGACCAGACGUGCCCGAGGUACCCCGACGACCAGGCCACCAGCCAGGCCCAAGACCCGUCCACCUCCCAGCUGAGCUUCGGCUCCUCCCGAGCUCCGAACCAGAAGAAGGACGAGCCAAAGUCAGAGGCCGCGUCCUUCCCAGUCGUGGUCAAGAAUGAGUUCGAGAGCAGCUGCUACGAGUGGGGGUCGUUCAACAAGCCCGACUGCCUGGAGACGAGUUUCCAGACGGAAACCUUCCCGAUGUCGAGCGACUUCCCCCCGGACCAGCAGAUGGAUGUUAAGGAACUUUUAGACACGUUUCCCCCGAUUUGUCCCAACCCAGAGAUGGAGUUUAAAGUGGAGGGGGGCAUCAAGCAGGAGCCGUGUUUCAACGACACCUGUUCCCAGAGCUACUCCAGCCCCAUGUACAACAAUUACCUCCCACCGCCUCCCAUGGGCCUCUCCUCCAACCUGAAACCCUUCCCCGAGCCCCCACAGCCCUCCAACCAGUGCGAGUCCUUAUACACAUCACCAGCUCUGCCAAGCACCAUAGACUCCAUCCUCUACUCUUCCUUGUUGCCAGAUUCUUUCGCCCAAAGUUACACCACCCGCGCGACGAAGCCCCCCAGGGCCAGGAAGAGCCCGGCCGCCUCCCACGGCCCCGCCAAAGAGAAACCCUUCGCCUGCCCCAUGGAGAGCUGCGACCGGCGCUUCUCCCGCUCGGACGAGCUCAACCGGCACAUCCGCAUCCACACGGGCCACAAACCCUUCCAGUGCCGCAUCUGUUUGCGCAGCUUCAGCCGUAGCGACCACCUCACCACCCACACCAGGACUCACACCGGGGAGAAGCCGUUCUCCUGCGACGUCUGCGGCAAACGGUUCGCCCGGAGCGACGAGAGGAAACGGCACGGACGCGUACACCUGAAACAGAAGGAGAAAAUGGAAAUAAAGCCACAGGUGAGCGCCGGCGCGUGGCCGUUCACUCUUCCCGAGGGGAUUUGAAGCCAAGGCCAUGUGUCCCCCCCUUCCCCACCUCACAUACUAUAUUAGGAUCUUUCCGUCUUGGAAGAUAAAGCCAGCUGACUACAAGUUGAUGUCUGGAGAGUUGGUAGGACUGGCGAGCCAAUGCCAGUGACAGCAGAGGUUUUUUUUUUUUUUUUAAUUUUUGUUCCGAGUGUUGCAGUUUAUUUCAGGAGCAGAAAAAGGGUGGGAGGGGGAGAGAGAAAGAGGGGAACUUGCUUCGGCCUUAUCGCCUGCUGCUGCCGAUGCUGCUGACUUUAUGCAAACGCGCAUAAGUUGUUUUUUUUUUUUUUAAUUUAGGAAAAUAAAAAGUCGGCGAGCAGAUCAACAGUGACUUGUUGCUGUUCCCUGCCAGCAGAGCCUGAACCUCUCUCUGCUGCGGCAUUGCAUGACUGCUGUUCAGCACCUCUCCAGUGUGGACAGCUCCGACUCCUCCAUCGUCUCUCUCCGAGCCCUGGACGGAUUGCACUUAAACCAGAUUUAUUAAUAUCUCCAUUUAAGAUUCUUAUUUUCUUGCUUUUAGCAUUCUUAGAGCAAUGGUUUGGACUAUGUUUCUUAAAAAAAAAAAUAAAUAAAAAAAUGCAUGUUUAUGUCAAUGUUUAUUUUUUCCUUUAACUGGAAUAUCAACCCACUGUCAAAGGUACCUCCCUCACUGCACAAGUGAGGGUUUAUUGACAUGAAUGUAGGCGAACACAUUUAUGGCUCCGACCAUAAAGCUGUCCAUCUUUGAUCAGAUUUUUAGUGUUUGUUUAACUUCUUAUCAUUUGGCUGUCAGUGUUUUUUGUCAUUGGUCUUUGUGUUGUGUUACAAUUGUUUGGAUUAUUACAAUUGUGAAAGAUAUAUCAUAAAUGGGAAAUAAAUAUAUUUGUAUUACUGUA